CAGAGGAAGCGAGGUGGCCUUUAACCCUUGCGCAGGCUGGCCAGGAAUGCAGGUCCGCGCUUCUCAUUCCACCAGCCCGAGGGCUCGAGGACAGACGCACAGGCCCGGGCGUCCAAGCCUCGCCGCGCAGCCGUGGGACAGGGUUGGGGAGAUUCAUUCUGGGCAACACGAAUCGCGAUUGCAGGCGGGGGAGCUGGGGCUAGGCGGGGGCUGCUCGCUUCCCGCCCAGCACCCUCCCGGGGCAGACCACCCGACCGGAAAGACCAAUGUGCGGCUGCUGGUGUUCUUAGUUGGCCAAAACCAAGCACCAGUGAGGGCACCGCCACGUGGCCCGCGCCCCAAGGUGCGCCUUUCCCAGGGAGUGCCAAGGUUCUCCGAUGGCUGGGCGCGAGGUGCCCAGGUCCUCCCACACCUCGCGCCCCUGGACGCCUUGGGAGUGCCUUUUCGUCACGUAGUCAGCGGCCCGCGGAGCCGCCUGGGCGAUGGGGAAGUCACGAAGUUUUCAAGACGCACGCAGCGCGAUAGCGCGUCGGGGCGCGGGGACAGCCUGUGACCCAGGCACAGCGCGCCCCCGAGGACCUGGCGCGUUGACAAUGCCGGGGCGCGCAGUCGGGAAUGGACAGAGGUGCCCUCGCCCAGCUCGCCUUUCCUGUCCGGGUGGUCUCCAGGCUGCUGGACACUCGCGGGGAAAGGACGCCCCAGCCAGGGAAAUCUGCACCGUGCCGCCCCAGCCCCCAGCCGGCCUAGGGGAGGGGGCUUCCCACAAUGCCCAGCGAGCUCCAGCCCGCACUUCCGCUGUCCGGCCGCCCACGGGGGGGGGGCCGGGAGGAGAACGGACCCCCUCCGUGGUCCCCCGCGACUCGGCGGCACGGAGCCCGGGCCGAGCUAGGGGCGGGGCCGGCGGCCGGCCGGUGUGGGCGGGGUCCGGGGCGGUGGCCGUGGCCGGGGCACGGCGCGGCCCAAUCAGCAGCGGCCGGGCGCGCGCCGGGGGGCGGGGUCAGGGCCUGCGGGAGGGGCGCGCGCGCUCGGGCGGCGGGGGCCGCGGGGUUGGAGCGGGCGCGGGAGCGCGCGUCGGCCUGACGGACGGACGGACGGACGGACGGAUCGAGCAGCCAAGGCGAGCGCGCACCUCGGACCCGCCCGGACGCAGCGCUCUCCCGGCUGCGGCGGUGAUCACCGGGCUGGUCCAGCAGCCUCGGCACCCGCCCUCGCCCUCGCCCGCGCCCCAUGGGGUCACAGCUGGUAAUUUCUGCUGCGUCAACGCCUGGUCCCGAGAGGCAGCCCGGGGGCGUCCUAGUGACCCCCGCCCGCGCCGCCCAGCGCGCCCCCCGCCGGUACAGCCGAACCGCACCCGGACUCGCCCGCACCGAGUUUGCCAAGAAUCAGAACUGCGGGAGGUGGGCGAAGGACUAUUGGACUGUUGACUGCAGAAGCAAGAGAGCCCCGGAGGUGCCAGGCCAGGCUGAUCCAUUGCUCCUGAGAUUUCCCAUGCCCCUUGGUCACACAGUAGCAUAGAGAUCAGUAAACACAGUGAAACUGCUUCA